CAGUCUCGCCCAAACCUCCCGCCCCACAGGAGUCCCUCGAUACAGACCUUCUCUUUAAGGGAAAGGAAAAUAUAUCACUGAGAAUAAGGGGAAGAGAAGAGGUUCUUUAUCUCCCCAAAGUGAUUUGUGGUUCAUCGUUUUCGUGAAAUUUGGUUGUGUUCCAGCAUGGCGAGUGUCCGGAUAGGUUUUAUAGGAGCGGGUAAUAUGGCACAGGCUUUGGCUAAAGGAAUGGUUAGUGCAGGCCUCACGAAACCGCAGCAUAUAAUUGCGUCAUCGCCCAAGACAGACCAGCAUCUCCUCGAUCAGAUGGCGGCCAUCGGCUGCAGCACGACCCACAACAACGCCGAAGCCACCGCCCACUCGGACGUGGUCGUCAUCUCCGUGAAGCCAGCGGUCGUCCCUCGGGUCCUGCACGACAUCAAACCCUCCGUGACCUCCGCCCGACCUCUCGUGACCUCGGUGGCGCUCGGGGUCACUCUAGCCACAAUGGAAGGGGUUCUGCCCACCGAGUCGAGGGUGAUCAGGGUCAUGCCCAAUACCCCGGCCCUUGUGCAGUUAGGGGCGUCGGUGUUUACGAGGGGGACGCACGCCACGGACGCAGAUGCGACGCUCACGCACAGGUUACUCUCAGCCGUGGGAGAAUGUGACGAAGUUCCAGAAACUUUUCUUGAUGCCAUUACUGGACUGAGUGGAGCCGGACCAGCCUACAUGUACCUGGUGGUGGAAGCGCUGGCGGACGGAGGCGUCAAGAUGGGCUUGCCAAGACCGCUCGCGCAAAAACUCGCGGCACAAACCAUGAUGGGAGCGGCGAAGAUGGUGAUUGCAACAGGCAAGCAUCCGGGACAGUUGAAGGAUGAAGUGUGUUCUCCGGGAGGUUGCACGAUCCAGGGAGUCCACGCCCUCGAGAAAGGCGGCAUUCGGGCGGCCUUCAUCGACGCAGUGCACGCAGCCACGACAACGUCCAUCUCUACUGCGAGUGGAAAGUAGGCUUACAUCCCCCCCUCCCCCCUCGCCACGCCCGCUGCUCCUUGGCCUGGGAUGUUUCAGUGAAUAGUUCGUGAAUGUGGUUGCUUGGUAUGAGGAUAAGGUAUGUGUGUGUAUGCGUGUGUUUCAAUAUGUACGUGCAUACAUAUAAACACGUGCCCUAGUAGUCGAAUGUACUGCCUAGAUCGCAAAGGGAGUAAACUCUGAGAGAAAAUCGAGAGCUGGAAUUUUUACACAGUUUGAAGUUGAUUUCAGCUUCAUACUGGCAUCUCCUGUGACAGUGCGGGUGGUUCUCGCCCGUUCCUUGGAUUUUAUCAGAGAUGUGAAGACGGGGGGGAUCUUCUGUGUGGCCUACAGUUUGUCUUCCAUAUCACUCUUGCCCAGGUCUGCGCUGCCUCUUGAAUCAGGAGUCUAUAAGGCGUAGCUCUGUGGCGACUAGUAACCGAUGGAUAACACACACACACACACACACACACACACACACACACACACACACACACACACACACACACACACACACACACACACACACACACACAUUUAUAAAAACAGAGAAGCACACACACACAUAUAUAUGCAUGUGUGUGUCUGUGUGUGUGUACAUAUAUUAAUACACACACAUAUAUUAUAUAUACAUAUAUAUAUACACACACUGUGUGUGUAUAUGAGUAUAUAUACACAUAUAUAUAUAUUCUUAUUUUAUACCUAAUUUACUCCAUGACGUUAAAUGUAACGAAAAGUGAAAGCAUGGCAGUAAGAAACUUAGUAGGUUUUGUAUAUAUGAUCAAGUGAUUAUGUUGUAUAUUUUAUAUCAUAGUUAUGUAUUAACACACAGAUAUAUGCACACACGCACACGCACACGCACACGCACACGCACACGCACACGCACACGCACACACACACACACACACACACACACACACACACACACACACACACACACACACACACACACACACACACACACACACACGCGCGC